ACGCGCGCGAGCUUGCCGACCAUGGUGGAUCCGCGCGAGGUAGGUCUUCUCCUGGUUAGCGUUCCGACGAGCCUCUACCACAACCUCUGUCCUUAUCUUUUUCCAUAGAAAAAAUAUUCUUAUGAUUUAUGAUCUGUGCCAAAGGAGUAAACGGAAGAGAGGAAGAGAACUAGGGGAGAGGCGGCCUACGCGCCGACGGCGGGUAGUGGGGUGGAGCUAGGUGCAACCAGAAGUAGAAGAUGAGGUGGAAGCCGUUAGAUCUUCAUCCUCCGAUCAAAAAAAUUUGUGUACUAGAACAGGGUGAAACACCUGUAAGACAGACUCUUUUACUAUAUAUCUAGACUAAAUAUGGUGUAUAUCUAAAGAUAUAGGGAAAGCUAUGCAAAAUCAAAACGUCUUAAUAGUUAGUCCGUGGCAAUUGGCAACUGAUGACACCCGUGUCGACGCUCCUGAAAAUCUAAUCUAAAGCCAGGCACAAAUUGGUAGGUUAGAGUGUAUAUGAUACAUCAUCAGGGAUAUGCAUUUAUUAAGUGUAUCUUUUGCAGGGGAAGCACGGAGUACCACAACCUAACCAACUCUGUUCCAUCCCUCUCUGUUCUCUCCUUCGGCACCCGGGCAACACACGAUAUGCACCAGCUAACAUGAGGAGUGGUGCGUGCUAUCUGCUUUAGGCUUUAGCACUCGCUGUGCGCAUAAUGCAUUAUUUGCCACGACAUGUCACAUCCAAAGUUCCAAACCCUCACUAAGGCCAAAAAAGCGUCCGGUAACAAACACUCCAAAAGGCAUAAAAAGCGAGCUCGGUGACACACUCGAUCGGAGGAAUCCCCGAAAGAGCAUUUGGUGCCGGCGUUCGCAUCGCAUGCCACGCUCGAGAGCGUGGCAAAGAAAAGAAAAAAUCCCCGGCCCCGCGUACGCAGCCAACGCGACGCGGGCAACUCGUGUCGACGUGUCGUGACAGACGGCAGCGCCAGGCGUGCGCUUUUUGCAUGCGUUCCACGGUGUACACAGCGCUCCGACUAACGAAGUGACCAACUGCCCACGGACACGGCGUCGCUGGUUCAGACACCAGGCCAUGGCAUGGCCACCAAGGAGAUGUGACGGACGGACGGUCGGUCGCGAGACGCCCUUUUCGCCGCGCGGAAAUGCACCGGAUCGGAGUAGACGCUCCCAAAUCCGGGGCUCGUCCUGCCCAAGCACGCAAGGAAGCUGUUCUCUAGUUCAGCUCCCAGUCCUAGCUUUGCCUACAAAGCAAUCAAAAAAGCGAGCGGGCGGCACCACCCGUCGGCCGUGUGCCUAUCCCUUCAAGCCAGGCUUCGCGCCGGGGGUUCCAAGCACAAGCGCACUCUCGCGCAACAGCCCCCGGAACGUGCAUCGCGAUCGCGCCGCUUAUAUGCAUCGCUAGCUGCUGCCGCGCGCGGACAGAGCACGCACAGCAGGCAAGGUAGGAGCUAGCAUUCGCGCGCGAGAGCAGCUGGUGGCAUGGACCGUCGGGACGGAUCCAAGGCGCCAGCGCUGGCGGCCGUGAACGGUACUGGCGGCGGAGUCGGAGGCGCGCCGGGGGUCGACGCGACGUUCGACACCAACACGGUCAUCCUCCUGGCGGCGCUGUUCCUAGCGCUGCUGUUCGCCAUCGCGCUCAACUCGCUGGCCAGGUGCGCGCUCUGGUGCGGGGGCCGGGCCGCGGACGGCGGCGGCGGCGGCGGCGAGGGUGCGUCGUCGUCGAGCGUCGGCGGCGCGUCGUCUUGCGCGGGCGUCCGAGGCGGGAUCAAGAAGCGCGCGCUGAGGAGCAUCCCCGUGGAGGUUUACGUCGGCAGGGAGGAGGAGGCCGGGGCCGGGGCUGGGGCCGGGGAGGAGGAGGAGGAGGACGUGUGCGCCAUCUGCCUCGGCGAGUUCGCGGACGGCGAGAAGGUGCGCGUCCUGCCGCGGUGCGGGCACGGGUUCCACGUCCCGUGCGUCGACGCCUGGCUGCUGUCCCGCGGCUCGUGCCCGACGUGCCGCCGCCCCGUGAUGGACGGCAAGCCCAAGCCCGCCAAAGGCGGCGGCAGGGGCGGCGGCCAGAGCCGGCGGCCGCCGGAUAGCGACACCAUCGCCGUGGUCAUCGCGUGAGGGACGGGGUGGAGCAUGUGUGGCCAUCGCCCAUUGGGAAGCAGACCUAGUGGUAGGCGCACACGCAACGGAGCAAGGUGUAUAGCUCUGUACUGUUCUGUCGCCGUGGAUAAGCUCAUGUAAAAAUAUCUCCGUAGCCUGGUAGCCGCAUCGUCGUCCGAUAUUAUCCGGCGACGGCUGUCCCACUUGCACUAGAUGACGAUACUUGGAGUGAACUGCUAGCAUCUUGCCGUCAAAAUGUGUGAGUAGCUGCCCAGUUGUUCGAUCACUGUGCGUGUUCGGCGGCGCCGUACGAGAACUUGUUACAAAUAAGUAGCCAUGCGGUAAGACAUGCUCAUGCGCAUUGGCGCGUGCACCCGUGCCGCCGUGCGUUCGUCGCCGGCGGCGGCCGGCAGCGGCACGCCUGGAAGCUGUACGGUGGCCGUGCGCCGAUCGGCAUUCGGCACGCCGACCAAACAACCACCGAGUGCAAAUUAAUCUGCUGCGGGUAGCUGCGUGACAACUGCAUGACUUGAUCUGAAGUGAAAGCCGAUCGCGCGUCGUCGCUGCAACCACCGAGAUGACUCCGUGGCGCCAAACCCCGAUGGCCACGGCUAGCUGCACGGUGCGUGGUCCGUCGUCGUCGCCCGGUGUUCACGCGAAAUGCAUGGAGAAAAACGUACGCGUCCUGAGGAGCUGGGCAGCUGGCUGAACCUGAACCGGAGGUGGACCGGGGACGGAAGACAGUCUCAGCCUCUCAGGUGGCCUGUUUUGAAACACUCAUAUGUACUUCAGUUUAUAUGUGUUGAGCUGGACGUAGUUUUCAUUGUCUUAAUUUAUUCUAAUAAUACAUGUGGAUCAAUGCGGAUAUGAGUGUAGCAAAUACUCCAU